UCAUCUUCAUUACUCGUGUUGUGCAUGUCUGUCAAGUCAUGUCAUGUCUUCUCCCAAAAGAUAAGAAGAUCGCCCACGAUUGCAUGCUUUCUCCCCCACCCACACCCACAAAUUCAAACAUAAAAGCCCAUCAAUCAUAGCUCUGCCAAAACCCCCCCUCCCUUAUUCAAAAACCCAGAUCAGAUCAGAUUCAGAUACUCGCCGGUGAAGAAGAACAAGAAGAAGAAGAAUUGCAUGAAAGAGAAAUGAAAGUCCCGUUCAACUCAACCCAAAGUUAUCAGUCAUCAAACAACAAACCUAUCUUCUUCACGUGCAAUACCUCUCCACCGGCGGCUACUCUGCCUAGACCACCCACUUCUUUCAACAUCUACGAACCCAAAUCUGUUCUUGACCUACGCCGGAGUCCAAGCCCUCCAGACAUUUCAGCCUUCUCCGAUCUCCUUUCCUUUACCCUACCCGAGGAUUACGCUUCAAUUCAGCUGGACAACAUUCUUAACCAGUCCGACGACUGGGAGCCUUUGAUGAGAGACUUGGGUUUGGACGAUGAUGAUCUCAAUCUAAACCCAAAUCCCAAUUCAGAACUUCACUUUCCUGAAUUCUCACAUGCCCAAACCUCACACCCACUCAAUUUCGCACUCUCUGAUCAAGUUAUCAAUCCAAAUCUCAAUCUAUCAGACGAUAUUCAUGCUUACUGGGCUGGUGAAUUGAAUUUCCUAGAUGAUCUUAUUCGUGCGGCUGAAUGUUUGGAAUCAAAGGAGCAACAAUUGGCAAACGUGAUAUUGGAAAGGUUGAAUCAACAAUUGCCGUCUCCGGCAGGUAAGCCUCUUCAAAGGGCUGCCUUUUAUUUCAAAGAGGGUCUUCAAUCUUUGAUUUCUGGUUCGAACCGGCAGCCUAUUAGACCCGCGUCAUCAUCUGAAGUCGUGCAGGCUAUUCGAGCCUACAAGAAUUUCUCAAACAUAUCGCCGAUCGCCAUGUUCUCUAACUUUACCGCGAAUCAGGCCAUUCUUGAGGCUGUUGAUGGUUCGAUGAUCGUACAUGUUAUAGAUUUUGAUAUUGGAUUUGGCGGUCAGUGGGCAUCGUUUAUGAAGGAAAUCGCUGAUCGCUCUGAGAUGAGGAAAUCUAGAACGCCGGUGGUGAGAAUAACAGCUGUUGUUCCUGAAGAGUACGUUGCAGAGUCGAGAUUGAUCAUGGAUAAUCUAACCCACUUCGCUUCUGAUCUCAAAAUCAGAUUCGAGAUCGAUUUCGUUUCAACCCGAACGUUCGAUUUCUUAUCAUUCAAGUCAAUCAAGUUCAUCGAAGGAGAGAAAAUCGCUGUUUUCUUAUCCCCAGGGAUAAUCAGACGAAUCGGACCCGGUUUCCUCAACGAUCUCCGGCAGAUAUCACCGAGCGUGGUUGUGCACGUCGAUUGCGACGGCAUGGCGGACGGCGGCGAGGUUUCUUUACGUCGGAGUGUGAUCGACGGACUGGAAUUCUACUCAACGUUCAUAGAAUCGCUGGAUGCUGCAAACGUAAUCGGAGGCGGCGACGAUUGUGUUCGAAAGAUUGAAAAUUUCUUACUCCGGCCGAAGAUUAUUGCGACGGUGGAGGCGGCGGGGAGACGGGCGACGCAUUGGAGGGAGGCGUUUGCGGCGGCGAGAAUGCGGGCGGUGGCUCUGAGCCAGUUUGCUGACUUUCAGGCGGAGUUUUUGCUGGGGAAAGUACAGGUUAGGGGUUUCCACGUGGCAAAACGACAGGCUGAGAUGGUGCUGUGUUGGCAUGAUAGGCCCUUAAUUGCCACGUCAGUAUGGAGGUGCUAGUGCUAACAACAAUAAUUGUAUUUUUAUUAUAUUUUGUGGGAGGGAAAAAAUAUUAUAACAAUGUAAUUGGCUUAUGUUUUUUAUAUGUAUGUAAUUCUAAGAAUGUUUUUAUGGUGAUUAUUGUUGUCUAA